UGGUGUGUGGCGGUCUUGUUUCAGCUCUUAAAAUCAACCAUGAUUCCCUUCCUUCUGCUGUUUGUUACCUUGUCAACUGCAUCUCCAUUAAAGAGACAGACUGGCGGCCUUGAUGCCAACGGUGACGGACUGGUGUCCAGGGUUGAGGUGUUUAACGCCAUGUCACUGCACGAGGCUCUUGUCGCCCUGGAUAGAGACGGCGACGGGUUCAUCUACCAGGCUCAGAUCAUCGAACUAUGGGGAACGGCAGACAAGUUUCACCAACUGAACACAGACGGAGACGACCACCUCACCUUCAGGGAGAUCGAGAACGGAAUGACUCUGUCCCAAUUUUACUACCAGUUCGACUUCAACCGUGACGAGACCCUAGACGUUGCCGAGGCCUACCAGCUGAACUACAUCUACGAUAUCAUCAACAACCCCGCGUACGGCAACCCACUAGACGCCAACGGGGACGGAAAACUCUCCAAGCUGGAAGUGCUCAGCCACAUGAGUUACCUCGAGGUUUUAAUUGCCUUGGACGCUGACGGCGACCAACUGCUUUCCUGGAGUGAGCUUCUCGUACUGCUCGGAUCAGAAACGGCAGACUUCGUUCUACAUAUGGACGGAAACAAGGACGGAUACGUCAGCUUUGGGGAGGCCCACGGCCACCACAUGGACCUGGAUAAGCUAUUCGAUGAUCUCGACCUUGAUGACAGCAACUACCUAGAAGAUGGAGAAGGGGCCGGAUUCUACACUGUGUGGGACAUGAUCCUAGCAUCUGGCAGCACUGACUAAGCUGGACUUUUGGUGCCUCGACUGCAGAUUCACCAGAGGCGACAUCAAGGCAAAAAUGAACAUGGAAAUGAAAAUAAAAUACAGUCAACACAUGCAAAAUAAAAUUGUUCAACGAUUUCAA